UCGGGGAGGCGGGGGACCGCGUGGAGCCACAGGGCAGGCCCUGAGGGAAAGAAAGAAAGUGCCGGGAAAGGAGGGAGAGGGAUGGCAGGAAGGGAAAUAAAAGAUGUGCGCAGUGACGUGGAUGCUCUGCCCCAGGUCCUGCGGAGGUCAGUGACCUCAGACAACGCGUGGGAGCGCAAGAGGGCACUGCAGGCCUGCUCCCAGCUGCUGGCUGCUUGUGAAGAGCUUCGAAGAGGAGAUGCCUGCAAACACUUUGGCUCCUUGGUGGGAUUGCUGGCGCCGCUGACGUGUGACCCCAUGCCCACGUCCCGCCAGUUGGCCGUCACCUGCCUGAGCUCCCUUCUGCGAAUGCAAGGUGAGUAGAGCAGGCGUGCGCCAGCCCUCUGCUCUCC